AUGGACGGUUGUGGCGCUACCAUGGACCCCCAAAGAGAUGCGACGUAUCACCUUAUCUCCUACCCGGACCCGUCCAGGAGGGUGUCUUCCAGGAAUGAAGCGGGAGACUCUGGCGUACCGAGAGAGUUUAGGCGUAAACCCUUGGAUCGCAGCUCGACGGUCCACGAUUCAAGCUCCGACUACCUGCUCUUUUCCAUAGCUGAUCCGCCAGCGGCGUACGAUACUUCCAAUGAAGCGGUUCAGAAAAGUCCUGGUAACAACAAAUCGGCUGCCAGCGGAAACGUCAGGGAGACCACGGAUCUCCCGGAGAGUAGGCAUGUCCAGGACUCGUCGCUGAUCAACUGGAACGGGCUGCCGUGGUACCGGUUCCUCGGCGAUUUUCUGAGCAUGCUUCUUGCAAUAUGCUUCAUCGCCCUCGGUAUCUGCGUCGUCCGUCUUCGAGGAGAAGAAGAGUCGGGAUGGUCGAGACAAGUGGUCGCAGCGACGGAGCUGGCACCAUCACUAUGGCCCGUCAUCUUCUCCGGUGUCGUAGGCAACGCUCUCAAAGCCUACGCAAACUGGCGCGUUGAGAAAGGCACCUCACUACUAUCUCUGGAGCAGAUCCUCGGCUCGCUCACAAUGGCAAACACAAUCCUCUCCGUCUACACCCUCUCCAUCUUCAACCUCUGGACCGUCUCGCUCGUCCUCGUCUGGGCCUUCAACCCCCUCGGCUCCCAGGCCUCCUUCCGCAGCCUGCACCUGCAGCCGCAGUCGGCCACCGCAACCGCAACCCUCGGCUACCGCAACUACUCCGUCGAGACGCUCGGCGUCGGCGCGCUCAUGGGCGCCUCGGGCUGGUCGUGGAUCAGCCCGGCGUCCAAGAUCGCGUACUCGAGCGUGCUGGCGUCCACGACGUCGCAGACGCAGUACUGCAACGGCACGUGCGGCGGCAACUUUACGGACCUCAUCGCCCGGAUGGGCGGGACGCGCGCGGCGGCGGAGCAGGUCGCGAUGGACCCGUGGGGCAACCCCCGGAUCCCGAGCCUGAAGCACGCGCCCGGGUACGACGCGGCGCGGCCGGAGGAGUGGCUCACGGUCCCGUGGAGGGAGAGCGUGCAGGAGUACAGCAGCCUGAUUGGGAAUCGGUACCAUGGGCUGCGGCCGGAGUUUGUGGGGAACGUGACGUUUACGAUCGAGGCUAGCUAUAUGGAGGUUUACGACUGCGCUGAGUGGUUGUGUCAGGAUGAUUUGCACAACAACACCGAGGUCAGUUCAAGCGGUCGAACGUCUUACAACAAGACCCGGGUUCCCGUGUUUUGGUCUCCAGACGGAACUGACAUUUCUUCUCAGGCCAUGGUUGCGUGGUUCGCAGCCAACUACAAGUCCUUCGCCACCAGAUACAACGCCAGCCUAGACGAGCCGCCGUACAACAACGCCUCGUUCGACUUCUUCGACAGCAACCGGCGGGAGGGAAGCUACAAGACGUCCUACGACUACUCCUUCUCCAUGGACUACAACACGACCUACGGCGCCUCCGGCCCCGACUCCGCCAACUCGACAAUCUUCCUCGGGACCCUGGGCGGCCUCGAGUGCGGGCAGUGCAUGACAUCCUGCCCCGUCCGGACCGUCUACAUCGAAGCCGAAAUCGCGUGCGAGUCGCGCGGCAUCGCGGGCAAGUCCCAAUGCGCAGCCACACGCAUCCGCCAGAUGCCGUCCCCGCCACGCCCGCCCGGCGUCACCGCCUUCACGAACCGUCUAAUCGGGACGACGGUCCCCUUCUACGCGGCGCAGAAGUUCCCCAAGAUGGGCAAGGACACCGACACGCGCUUCACGACCUUCUCCGAGGAGUUCGUCGAGAACCCCACGCGCGCCUUCAACCACGAGCUGAGCAAGAAGUACGUCGAGUGGUGCAAGCUCCCGAUGGCCGUCUUCGCGGACCGGCUGGGGCUGCUCUUCAACACGUUCCUCGACGCGACGGUCGACCCGAUGGCCGUGCUGGGCGCCGCCUCCGUCGUGGACGAGUCCGUCCUGCUCAACACCACGGCCGCCAUGACCUCGCCGCUGCCGGCCGUGUACGUCAUCGACGAGGCGUGGGUCGCAAUCUACUUUGUGUCCACGCUCAUCAUGCUGCUGGCGGCGAUAGGGGGCGUCGUGAUACGGUACUACACCAUUGCGCCGCAGGUUCUGGGGUAUGUCGGGAGCUUGGUCAGGGACUCGCCCUACUUCGCCGACAUGGCGCCGCGAUGGAAGAGCACCGAGAGCGGCGAGGAGAUUUCGAGGCGUCUCGGAGACGUGAAGGUGGGCGUAUUUGAUGUAGAGCCCGACAAAGAUGUCGGGAGGAUUGCGUUUGCACCUGUCGAGAUGGGGCACCGUGUGCGUCGGAAAAGAUGGUACGAGUAA